GUCCUGGGUGAUGACUUAACCGCUUCCUUUGUUCUCUGCAACAAUAGUUACCAUUUUUCUCCCUUAAGGAGGUCCCCGCCCCUUUCCGGCUGGGUGGUACCCUCUAAAUCUGAGCAUCUGUCAUCCUCUCAAACAUCCCUUGACGGCGGACAACCCGUCAGUCCGAAUUUUACAUCAUGGCCGCCGGCAGCGCGCGCAUCGUGAGAUAUAUUCUCUUCGCCUUUUUCUUCCUCGCAGUCCUUUAUUUCGUAUCCAAUUCCUCUUACGAGGGAGUUCAACAGCUAAAGCCUUCAACAUUCGGGGCUCCCAAAGGCUCGUCUUCGACAAGUGCUGAUAAAUCAACAAAUAAUGUUGGUGGAUCGUCCUCAUCUAGUUGGGGAAGUAAGCCAGACGACUCGGUCAAUAGCGCGUCAGGAUCAUCGAAGGGUUCGUCUACAAGGCCACUCCCUGGAUCACCUAAGCAGAACCCAGAUCUUGCGGAAGCCCCGAUGCCAUUAACACCAUCGGACCAAGGAUGGAACGAUCUCCUAGGAACUGCUCCUGGCCCUCGUAUGAAUGCUACAUUUGUCAGUCUUGCUCGCAACAGUGAUGUAUGGGAGAUUGCCCGUUCGAUUCGACAAGUCGAGGAUCGCUUCAACCGUCGAUUCAACUAUGACUGGGUUUUCCUAAACGACAAACCGUUUGAUGCCACUUUCAAGAAAGUGACUAGCUCGCUCGUCUCCGGAACAACCCACUACGGCGAAAUCCCGCAUGAGCAUUGGUCCUUCCCUGAUCAUAUCGACCAGGACAAAGCGCGAAAAGUUCGAGAGGAUAUGGCGCAGCGCAAGAUCAUCUAUGGCGAUUCCGUUAGUUACCGACACAUGUGCCGUUUCGAGUCAGGUUUCUUUUUCCGCCAGCCACUCAUGCAGAACUAUGAAUGGUACUGGAGAGUUGAGCCUAGCAUUGAGCUAUUCUGCGACAUCCACUACGAUCCUUUCCGAUUCAUGGCCGAGAACAAGAAGAAGUACAGUUUCGUGCUUAGUCUGUACGAAUACGGCGAGACCAUUCCUACACUAUGGGACAGUGUCAAGAAGUUCAUCAAGAACUACCCUGAGCACGUCGUUGAAGGAAACUCCAUGGGCUUCCUUAGUGAUGAUGGUGGUGACAGUUACAACAACUGCCAUUUCUGGUCUAACUUCGAAGUUGGAAACCUUAAUUGGCUGCGAUCCAAGCCGUAUGUCGACUUCUUUGAGUCGCUAGACAACGACGGAGGCUUUUUCUAUGAGCGAUGGGGAGAUGCACCGGUUCAUUCCAUUGCUGCCGGACUCUUACUGAAGAAGGAAGAAAUUCACUUCUUCAACGACAUCGCUUAUUAUCACGUUCCUUUUACUCACUGUCCUACUGGUGAGAAAACGCGACUGGACCUUCGAUGCCACUGUAAUCCUAAGGAAAACUUUGACUGGAAAGGAUAUUCUUGUAAGCAUCCCGCUUAACCCAACUUGCGUUUCGCAAUCCAUAUAUCACUAAGAUUACUAACUUACCCUCCCAGGUACUUCAAGAUACUUUGAGCUGAACGGACUUGAGAAACCGGAGGGUUACGAGAACCAGCAGGAUUAGAUAAAAACAAUACAGACCGAUCAAACAUGGUUGUAAAGUAAAAUGCUAACUAUUCUCUAAUGACGGUUUAUUAUAA